AGAGCCUCCUCAUCAGCCCGGCCCCCGGGCUGAGAACCUUGCGGCGGCUUUUGCCCUUCCUCGGCGCUUCCGCUAUUUCUGGGCAGGGUGAAGCAACGCAGCUUCAGUCUCUGUGCGCCCGAGCUUGUGAAGGUCUUCGGCUCCCAUCACAUCGCUCUCGUCCUGGCGCGGCGCAACCCCACCGGACCAGCAGCCGGGGGUGCGCACUGCCAUGGCCGGCCGCCUGCUACUCCUGCUCUGCGCGGCGCUGGUGGGCGAGCUCUGGGCUGAAGGAGGGGUGUUCAUCAAGAAAGAAAAUGCUGAUAAGUUCUUGGAAAGGGCAAAGCGUGCUAACUCCUUUUUGGAGGAAAUUAAGCAAGGGAACAUUGAACGAGAAUGCAAUGAGGAGCGCUGCUCAAAAGAAGAAGCAAGAGAAGCCUUUGAAAAUCAGGAGAAAACUGAGGAAUUCUGGAACAUCUAUGUAGAUGGGGACCAGUGCAGCUCAAAUCCAUGUCACUAUGGUGGACAUUGUAAAGAUGGAAUUGCUUCCUACACUUGCUCGUGCCUGGAUGGUUAUCAAGGGAAGAACUGUGAAUUUGUCAUACCAAAGUACUGCAAAAUAAACAAUGGUGACUGUGAGCAGUUCUGCAGCAUCAAAAAAAGUGUACAGAAGGCUGUUGUGUGCUCCUGUGCAAAAGGGUAUGCUCUAGCAGAGGAUGGCAAACACUGCGUUUCAUCAGUAAAGUAUCCAUGUGGAAGAGUUUUUGUGAAAAGAAAAAAAAGGUCAGUUAUUUCACCCCCUGAUAAUAGCAGUGUAACUACUGAUGAAGAUGUCCCUUCCAUAAAUGGGACAGUUUUGGAGGAGGACAUUGUUACUACCACAGAAAGUCCAACCGUCAGUCCUGGAAAUGAAGCAAGUGACAGGAAUCCACAUGUCAUUACCAGGAUAGUAGGUGGUGAUGAGUGUCGUCUUGGCGAGUGUCCAUGGCAGGCUGUUCUGUUAAAUGAGGAAGGGGAAGAGUUUUGUGGUGGAACUAUUUUAACUGAAAAAUUUAUACUUACUGCAGCUCAUUGUAUGAACCAAUCUAAAGAAAUUAAAGUUGUUGUCGGUGAAGUGGACAGAGAAAAGAAAGAACAAUCUGAAACGAUGCAUACUGUGGACAAAAUUCUCGUUCACUCUAAAUACAUCGCUGAGACUUACGAUAAUGACAUAGCCUUAAUAAAGCUGAAGGAACCUAUAACCUUUUCUGAGUACAUUAUCGCAGCAUGCCUCCCCGAAGCAGACUUUGCUAAUGAAGUUCUGAUGAACCAAAGGUCUGGCAUGGUUAGUGGCUUCGGGCGUGAAUUUGAAGGCGGACGACUGUCCAAGAAACUGAAAGUGCUUGAGGUCCCUUAUGUUGAUAGGAACACUUGCAAGCAAUCCACCAACUUUGCAAUAACAGAAAACAUGUUCUGUGCCGGCUAUGAGACAGAGCAAAAAGAUGCGUGUCAGGGCGACAGCGGAGGGCCUCAUGUCACCAGGUAUAAGGAUACUUAUUUUGUUACUGGAAUUGUUAGCUGGGGAGAAGGAUGUGCAAAGAAAGGCAAAUAUGGUGUCUAUACCAAACUGUCCAGGUUCUUACGCUGGGUAAGAAUGGUCAUGAGACAGAAUUUGUAGUGGUAUGGUUCUCGAUCCUUCUGUUAGCUAACCAAGUGCAGUUUCUGUAAUAGAAACAUGACUCUUUCUUUUAUUCUUUUUUUUUACCUUUUUUUUACCUUUUUUUUUUUUUAAGCCACAUCUGCUAAUCUUAAAUUUCGAGAGCUCAUUCCUUAAAGUUAUGGUGUUGCUUCUUUUUGUUUUGUUCCUGGUUUUAAGUGUGUAUAUGCAGGCUGCUGGUGUUGUUUGCCGUUUGUACGAUGAGAAGCUCAGCAGGGUCCUCGGUUUCCUUGUUUGGGUGUUUUUCUGUUGCCAUUUUGGUUCCUGUGUGUUCAUCCAAGGGCUAUCCACCGGAGACUCCAGAACAUAAUAUGAACCUCCCACUAAUUAUGAUAGAAGUGGGAAGGACAGAACUUUAGUUAAUCCUCUAUUACAGCCAGCUGACUCAGUAGGGAGUUUGUUUAGCUUCUACCUGCAGAUUGAGGGAUCAGGGAAGCUUGCUUGGUAAAAGCUGAGACAGAAGUAUUCAAUGUGUGAUGAUAAAUAACUGCACAUUCCACAAAAGUGCCUACUUAGGUCACAGUACCCAACUGAAAUGGGGUUUUGCUAUAUAUGGCUUGUGCUUCACUUCAGUUUAAUUUGAACACUUCUGUUCUGCUCAUCAAACAAAAGAUGAAUAUGUGCAUGUUCACUAUUUUCUGUAUCACAGUCUGAAUUGUAUAUGGCUGAGAACUGGAACACUCCUUGCCUCGUUCUGGGUGUUUCUGUAAGAGGCUAUAUUGAGUUACACUAGCAUUUGAAAUAAA